AUGGCAAUCCCAGCCGCCCUCUCUGCUCUACAAGACGCAAACCCGCAGCCGUCGCCGCAGCGGCCCGCCCUCGCGCCGCCGCAGAGCCUGCAGCUCGCGGUGUAUGACUCAGACGGCGCUUUCUACGCCUGCCACCUCGACAACCCCGGCCCCGACGCGCCCGGCGCGCGCGACGGGCCGCCGGGGCUGCGGGUCGCCGAUCGGGCGGUGACGGCGAUCUUGUACCUUAACCCCGCCUGGGGCCCCGGCGACGGGGGGCAGCUGCGGCUGUGGCGGCCGUCGAGUGGCAACGAUCCCGGCGGCGAGGGCGGCGGCGGCGGCGGCGGCGGCGGCGGCGAGGAGGGCGGCUAUUUGGAUGUGGAGCCGCUCGGCGGACGCCUGCUCCUCUUCCGCAGCGCCGACGUCGAGCACGAGGUGCGGCCGGCGCGCGCGCGGCGCUGGGCGCUCUCGGCGUGGGUGCCCUGGCUCGAGAGCUGCUCGUGA